AUGUCUUCAUAUCCGAGGAGUUCUACCCAGCAGUUCUCUCUACCAUUGCCCCCCGUUUUGCAGGUAAUCUCAGCAACCUAUGAUAAACAAGGUCGAUAUGGGUUGAAGAGGUUAGUGGAUAACAUGCACAUGUCUUUUCCAUGCAACUCUAAUGCAGCCCAUGCAGAUCACGAGCAACUGCGAGAGGAGGUGAAGACGUUGAAGAAGAUUCAAAUUGAGAAAGAUAAUCAAAUCAAAUUUCUCUUAAAAUGCAACAAGUUAUUCCUUGAUAAGUUAGGCAUUUGUCCACCGUCUCCUUUGUCAUCUCCAAUGGAGGAGGAUGAAUCAGAGACUCAAGAAUAG